AUGUACUAUAACAUUCGCAGAUUCGUGGAACCUGUCAUACCAACAAGGAAACAAUUGUGCAAGGCUGCAAGAAGGCAUAUCGUUCUUGAAGAUUUGUCAGCAGAUGACAAAUGUAAUAUGCACAGACCACCUCCAGGCCCACCCCCCAGCUCUUCCGAAGAUUUACCUCCCCCUUGCUCAUCCAAUGCCCCUCCUGGCUCUUCUUCCAUCUCAGAACCCCCUCCUUGGCAGCCUAACUUUAUCGACCUCACUUCUCAGUCCCAUCGCGCCAUUCUCUCCAACUUACGCAAGCCCCUCGACCCACCCCCAGACUGCUUCUCGACCCCCUCUCCCCUGCGUGUCAAGUCACACGACUUUCCCCCUUUCCGUAUAUCCAGUUUGCAUGAGACCCUAGGUGCGGGGUUUAGAAUCCUCUACCCAUCUGACCUGCUUGAGAAGCAUGGGAUAGGCCAGGCGGAUUGGGUACGGUUCUUGGAGGACCUUGGGAUGGCUGCCAGGUUGGCGGGUCAGGGGUUGAGCGCGGUUGGGUCUCGCGUGCCUGUCACCCCGCUUCCGACUCGCGGUAUUUUCAGCUCUAGGGCUUCUGGAGUGGCGUACGAUUCGCAGUUUGUGAGGACGCCCAAAGAUGAGGUGCAGGCGUUGAUUACUGUUUGGAAUCAGUCUGCUUUUGAGCGGCGCAAGUUACGUGUGAGCAUGCAUCCCAAGGGCGAUGGAGGAGCUAAGACGGGAUGGGAGUUGCUGGUGGAGUCUCUGUAGGUUGGAACGCUUUGGAGCCCUCGCCGUGCAAUAGGACACUGGUAUCAUGAAUUCUUCAGGGUGUAUAAUUAUUAGUUAUGUACAAGUAAAACAGUGAGAUUUUACCGUACCUGGUUUACCUCGUGUAUGUCUUUGGAAUUUGAUUACAUCCAUCGCGAAUCCAAGGCAUAUAUCAUCGUUCACUUUAGGAAUAGCGAAGCGUUAACGUCAUGUCUCAGCUUAUUGGUGCAAUCCAAAUUUU